AAUUAUAAAAUGCAUACCAAUUAUAACAGAAUAACGGAUCAAACAAACGCUGAGCCGAUGUUCAUAAUCGCUAAGCAAUCGGAUAUUCCGGACACUAAUAUGAGAACACUGUUUGCCAUACAAAACGCCAAAAUGGCAAAUGAUGUCCAUAAUGAUCGCAUUAAAUGGGUCAAUUUAGGUCUCAUGAAGUUUGGAAAAUUGUUUUCGAACACAGCAGUAGCCCUGUUCACUUUUGUAUCGGGUGCCGGUCCGGAUAUAAAGAAUGUGCACCCGUGGACAACGGGUAAUAACUUAAGAACUUUACCAAGGUCUACGGAGACCACAGAAAGCUUGGAUUUUGAAACAAUCUUGGCCAAUGGAAUCACUUUAUUCAAUGAUAGGGACAAUGGGGGCACAUUUAUCAUAGUGAUCGGUGGACCCGGGAUCAAGACAUCUAACAAAGAGAGAGAGUUCGCGUCUCCGCUCUUCCAAACGGCCGCUUCGGUGACGAGUGGACGGGUAGUCUACGUGCGCGAGGACUCAUCGGCCGCUCGCACGGCCCACCAAUUUGUCAAAGCCUUCGGUGCUCUCAGCGAUGAUUACCAGAUAAUCGAUGAGAAAUAUGUGGAAAAUUCCGGGGAUAAUAAAAUUGACUUCGAGAUCAAUGUCGACAGUACUCUGAUGGGAAAGACAGUGCGAGUAUAUUUUAUGCGGACAAACACUGUGUCGACAGAGACUACAUUGUCAAAUGUCAAACUACAAGUACCCACGGGUAGACCUAUUGACAUGAACUUUAUAUCAAUCAACAAUUAUUUCGAGGGCUGUGUCUUCACCACCACAUCCGAUGACCUCUCAGGCAAAUGGCAUCUGACAGCCACUCGCGAUGUCAGCAAAUCUGAAUCAGUGGUCGCUGUGGUGGAAGUUGUCACCGAUUCGGUGGAUGACGAGUCCAUUACCGCCCAGUGUUGGCUCAAUACGCAAGUGUUUAAUCCGAGGACCGACAAGAAUAGGCCGGUCAUGGCUUAUGUCAACAUUCAUAGACAACUGGACGAACUCAUAGCCAAUGUUUCGGUCAAAAUGAGUGUUAUAUACGAAAAGGGAAACCAACCGAAAACUAUUAAUAUGUAUGACGACGGGUCGGGCGCACCGGACAUCACGAAAGGCGACGGAAUAUUCUCCAACUAUAUCACAAACAUAGGAAACCAGGGCUACUGGACGGUCGGCGCCGAGAUUGCAAACAUUGAUAGUUUGAUAGACUUCACCACAAACUUUGGCAGCACUUCUCUGCCAAAGACGUCCGCCGACAGCGCCUGUUGUGGCUCACGAGUGGACGGGCAGAUAAAGUCCAUGUUUAGUGUAACCAAAUUGAGCCGAAAGCUAGAGUGCGGCACACUUUUCGUCACCGAUAACGACGUGAGUCGCGAAUACCCGCCCAAUCCAGUCAGGGAUUUGAGGGCGGAAUCGGUUGCGUACGAGAACCGGACUAUUAAUCUGUUGUGGACAGCGCCGGGAGGGGACUAUACGUCGGGAUAUACCGACAAGUAUGUGAUCAAAGCCUUCCGUCAAAAUGAUAGCCACGAAGAGGACGAGAAACUGUUGCAAGAGAUCCGAACCAAGUUUGACGACUUGGCCGGCGCCGACAUUAGCGUAACCAUCGAUACUAUGGCUGACGGUUACGGCAAAGAGCAGAGAUGUCAGAUCCGGUUCAAUACGGACACCGGAGGCGUGUAUUACGUGGCGCUCAGGGCGUACGACACCGACAAACACCCGAGUGUUGUGUCCAAUGUAGUGCUGGCUUAUAUCAAAAGUAAUGUAAUCAUUCAGAGCACAACCGCUUUUGCAAAUGAUGUUAGCAUAUAUCAAGCGUAUCGUAGCGUUCCUCAGAUCCACGUCACGGGAGUGGCCAUGGAUGCCAAUCUGGGCAAAGCCAUAGGGGGCUCGUCCACCAUCAAUGGUAUGCUGUAUAAUAGGGGCAACAAAAGGGAUUACGACAACUGGGCCGACGAGUACGGGGCAAAGGGCCGGUCCUACGAGGAAAUCCUACCGUAUUUUAUAAAAUCUGAAAACAAUAGCGACUACAAACUGGUCGGUGAUAACCCUGGCUAUCACGGAACCAACGGCCCCAUCGACAUCUCAUCGGAUCCCAGUCCGCACCCAAUCCUAUCGCUUCAUAAUAAAGCGCUCAAUGAGUUUGGUAUACAAACCAUCGAUGUGAAUGGCCCGGAACAGUUGGGCACCACAAUGAGUUAG